AUGGCCAAGGAGGCUCCUUUGGCAGGGUGGGCUGGAGCCAGGCCGCCUGCCAGCCUGGAGGGCAGAGCCCUGGCCUACGUCAGCCUGGUGCUCAUGGCUCUCCUGUCCAUCUUCUUUGGGGCGCUGCGCUCCGUCUCCUGCGCCAGGGGGAAGAACGCCUCAGACACCCCAAAGACCAUCACCAGCCGAGAAGCCAUCUGCAUUCCUAUCAUUGCCAGCUGUACUCUUCUAGGGCACUAUCUUGCCUUCAAAAUAUUCUUUCAAGAAUACAUCCAAUUGCUGCUCUCUAUGUACUACUGUGUCCUUGGCAUCUUGGAACUUUCUCACACCAUCAGCCCCAUGAUACAUAAGUUCUUCCUAGCCAAUUCCUCCAACAAACAGGACCAGCUCCUCUUCACUCAGGGCUCAGGAGAAACCAGGAAAGAGAUGGUGAACUACAAAUUUGACACCAAGGACCUGGUGUGCCUGGUCAUAAACAGCGCCGUUGGUGUCUGGUACCUGCUGAGGAAGCACUGGAUCGCCAACAACCUCUUUGGGCUGGCCUUUUCUCUCAACACCCUGGAGCUGUUCCACCUGAAUGAUGUCAGCACUGGCUGCAUUCUGCUCAACAGCCUCUUAAUCUACGAUGUCUUCUGGGUCUUCGGCACAAACGUGAUGGUGACAGUUGCCAAGUCAUCUGAGGUGCCCAUAAAGCUGGUUUUCCCUCAAGAUCUGCUGGAGAAAGACUUGGAGGCCAAUAACUUUGCCAUGCUAGGCCUGGGAGACAUAAUCAUCCCAGGAAUCUUCAUUGCUCUGUUCUUGCGUUUCGAUAUCAGCCUGAAGAAGAACAUGCACACCUAUUUCUACACCAGUUUUGUGGCUUAUAUUUUCGGGCUGGGGCUCACAAUCUUCAUCAUGCACAUCUUCGAGCAUGGUCAGUCAGCUCUGCUGUACCUGGUCCUAGCCUGUGUUGGCUUCCCACUCCUGGUGGCUGUAGCUAAGGGAGAAGUUGCAGAGAUGUUCAGCUACAGGGACACCACCCCCAUGGAGGUGCCAUGA